AUGUACGAGCUGACAUGUUCGACAUCAGCCGCUGUCAAUGAGCUGGGAAAAAUAGAAAACAUUCUUAAAAAUGUUUUUGCUGAUCCCUGCUCAUCCAAUCCCUGUCAGAGAGGCUCAUGCACCAGUUCGAAUGGGGACUUUGAAUGCCACUGUCCAUCAGGGUAUUCUGGGAAGACGUGUGGACCGUUGCCUAUGGAUUGUAAAGACAUAAUCAAUCGACCCCAUCUGUUCUCGAAUCGAGGUGACGGUGUGUACACAAUAAUGUUGCCAAGGUCACACACUGUGCUGCGAGUCUUCUGCAACAUGACGCACGAUUCGGGAGGCUGGACCGCAUUUCAACGCCGCGUCACAAACAGUCCAGAUUUCCACAGAAACCUGGCAGAGUACAAAAAGGGAUUUGGGGACAUAAAUUCCAAUUUCUGGAUGGGUUUGGAGAACUUGAAGGAAAUCGUAGAUUUAGGACCUACCGAUGGGAAAUUACACGGAGUUGUCGUUGGUGCCAACGAUAGCUCCUUGCACGAACAAUGUACCUAUACCAUGCGAAUUAUCUCUCUGAAUGGUGCUCCAUCAUUUACCAUCGAGACGGAGGCUAAUACGAAUUUUUCAUGUACAGGCAGUAUAGUCCCGGAGGCAAAUGGACAGGUAGAUAUAGAUGACGUGUCCCCACAUGUCGCCACAUUCGCCACGUACGACCGGGACACUACUGACCGCUGCGCGACGCAUCAAGGGGGAGGAUGCCUCAUCAUCCACACGCCCACACUCUCCACAAACAGCACACGUAAACGCUUCAGCACGAGUACCGCCAAUCGUCUUGCAACAUCCUCGCCGCCUUCUGAGCUCUAUUCUCCUCCCGAACGUCCUCGCCGCUUUCAGAACUCUAUUCUCCACCCGAACGUCCUCGCCGCUUUCUGA